GAAAUCGAGAGCAAUUCGCUCAGUUGAUAGCAGCCGCCGGUUAAGCUCAGACGUCUUCAGCAAUUCUUCCCUGGUAAAGCAAUGUACUCCAACGGUGCUGCCUCCGGCGACGAUUCGUCGUCGUCCCAUCGCGUGGUGGACUUCCGCUCGGACACCGUCAGCGUCCCGACGCCCAGCAUGCGCAAGGCGAUUUACGAGGCCACCGUCGGAGAUGAUGUGUACGGGGAAGAUCCAACAGUUAAAGAGUUGGAGAGACGCUCGGCCGAGCUGUUUGGCAAGGAGGCGGCCCUGUUUGUACCCACCGGGACAAUGGGCAAUCUGCUGGCUGUUAUGGUCCAUUGUUGUCGCCGGGGGUCGGAAGCUAUCGUCGGUGAUGCUGCGCACGUUUUCUUGUACGAGCAGGGAGGAGCCGCCCAGCUGGCCGGAGUCCUGCUGCAUACCAUCAAGAACAAACCCGACGGUACGUUCUGUCUGAAGGAGCUCCCCAAUAUGUUCCGCGGGUUCGACGUUCACGAACCCAUCACCAACCUUGUGCUUGUUGAAAACACCCACAACAUGUGCGGCGGCAAGGUUCUGCCUUUGCAGUGGCUCGAAGAUUUGGCCCAGAUCUGCAAGCGGAACUCGGCCAAGGUUCACAUGGAUGGAGCGCGCGUCUUCAACGCGGCUGAAUACCUGGGCGUUCCCGUGUCUCGCGUGGUUCGCGACGUAGACUCGGUUUGCUUCUGCCUCAGCAAGGGUCUGGCGUGUCCCGUUGGAUCGAUCCUGCUUGGAACUAAGGACUUCAUCAAACAAGCCCACCGCUUGCGCAAGGCCCUCGGCGGUGGAAUGCGCCAGGUGGGAUUCCUAGCCGCAGCCGGCAUCUGCGCCCUGGACGAGAUCGUCCCCAAGCUGAAGGACGACCACCGCCGUACCCGCGCCGUCGCCGAAGCCAUCGCCGCCCUGGAAUGCCCCAUCUUCAAGGUUGAUCUGGAGAACCUCCACACCAACAUCCUGAUGGUUAACAUCGUGUCGGACCGGCUAAAGUCGGAUCAAUUUUCCGCACGGUUGGCCCAGGUCAAGCAGCAAGAGCUGGACGACGGACUGGUGGACCGAGCAGGAAACGGCAUUUCCGUGAAGGUUAGUGCACGUGAUUGGUCCUUUUCGCGCAUCGUGGUGUACACGAACAUUACGGACGAGGAGGUCGAGCUGGCGAUUCGGAAAAUCAAGUACGUGAUUGAAGAGUACCAGCGUGAGCUGAAGUGAGGAGGUGGUUCAGUAAUUGAUCCGAUGUCGGUUGUUUGAAGAAGCUUCAUUCAUGCAGUGCAAACCUUGAGUUUUUUUGUGAAAUUCGAAGUUAAAAUUUCAAAUAGCGCCAUGCCUCACGUAUAGUCAAAGUACAAGGCGCUAUUUGAUGUGACGAGUUGAAAAAAAUAUAUGAUUAUGGUUUUGAAAAA